AUGAUCAGGCAAGUCUAUAAGACACCUUAUGGUGGGAGCCAGGGCUUCUCCUGCUGGUCAGCUGUGGAAUUUGGCAGCACCAGGAAGAACUAUAUAGCUUGCUCUGGGGCAGCCAGUGUAAAGGCUUAUGGGACUCAGAGUGGAGGAUCUGCUUUUGGGAGCAGAAUGUUAUUCGGCAUGGGUAGUGGCAGGCCAGUCUCUGUCAGUGUGGCAGCUGGUGGCUCUCAGACUGGUAGCUUCGGUGGCCUUCUGGGAAGCUAUGACACUGGCUCUGGGGAUGGCUUUGGUGGUGGCAGAGGAAUGGGAGGUGGCAUCGGGAGACCUGGUGACUUUGGACUGGCUGGUGUUUUUGGUAGACCUAGAAUCUUUGGCCCUGGGAUAAUUCAGGAAGUGACCAUCAACAAGAGCCUCCUGCAGCCCCUCAAUGUGGAGACCAACACCCAGACUGUGAAAAUGAAGGUCAAAGAUGAACUCAUCAAGGCCCUCAACGAGAAGCUCGCCUGCUUCCUUGACAAGGCACGUUUCGUGGAACGACAGAACAAGACCCUGGAGGCCACAUGGAAGCAGCUCCAGCAGCAGGGCCCCAGUUCCCUCCCAAGCCUUGACUCUCGCUUUAGCAGCUCUCUGCAAGGUGACUUGGAUGACAUCACUUUGGAGAGAGGCCACCUGGAUGCAGAGCUGUGGAAUCUGCAGGGCACAGUGGCAGACUACACAAAGAAAUAUGAGAAAGAAAUCAAUAAAAGAAAAGCUGCUGAGAAUGACUCCGCGGCUCUGAAGAAGAGUGUGGAAUCUGCCCACAUGACCGAGAUGAAGCUUCAGGCCAAUGUGGAUACUCUAAGAAAAGAAAUCAGUUUUCUGAGGAAUCUCUUUGAGGCAGACUUAUCCCAGUUCCAGGACCAUGCCAAUGACACAUCUAUGGUCCUCUCCAUGGACAACAACCACAGCCUGGACUUGCGUAGCAUCAUUUCUGGGAUCCGUAUCCAGUUUGAAGAGAUUGCCCAGAGGGACAAGGUAGAGGCUGAGCUGCUGUACCAGACCAAGUUGGGGGAGCUCCAGAGCACAGCUGGCAGGCGUCAAGAGGAAUUGAGGAGCAUCAACGACCAGAUGGAAGACUUCAGUAGGAUCAUCCAGAGGCUUCAGGCAGAGGUGGAGAAUGCCAAAAAGCAGAACGAAAAGCUGGUGACAUCCAUCACAGAAACUGAGCAGCAUGGGGAGACAGCCCUCAGGGAUGCCAACACCAAGCUUCAAGACUCACAGGUUGCCCUGAAGAAGGGCAAAGAUGACCUUGUCAGGCUGCGGAGAGACUAGCAGAAACUGUUGGAUGUCACGAUAACCUUGGAUACAGAGAUCGCUGCCUACCGCCAGCUGCUGAAGGGUGCUGAGUACAGCUGCAGUCAACAGCAACAGCAGCAGUAG